UCCGGAUGACAAAGGACAAGUUCCAGAGUUGGACUCGCUGCUGUCUACAGAGGGACGGACUACAGAUGCAACGGAGCAUUAAGAGCAGAGCAAGAACCGCGCGAGACCCUCAGUGUCGGAGGUGAUGAACCAAUUUACACUUUAUUAACCAUUAAAGUCACAGAAGAGGAUUCUGACGACUUGAACAUUCCGUCAGCCGAAGUGUCCCUCACCUUCCCGGGCUACCGUCUCUUUUGGGAGAGCCAAGAGAAGCCACUUGACAGACUUGAGGAGCUUUGCUCGAGGCGACACACGGUUCCUAUAUAAAGCUGGCUGAAGGACAGUAACACACCGACCAGUGGACGCUGAGGCUGCAUCAACCAUGGAGGUCUCCACCGGCACUCCGAGGAAACUUCCCCUGCUCUGCUUCACCCUCCUGUGGGGGCUCUCAGGGAUAUGGGCCCAGAUCCAGAUGCCCCAGCAUAGUAUGGAUGUGAUCAAGGGUCAGAUGGUGGUGCUGAAGGCCUCGUACAGCACAAUCCCGGCCAGUGACUUGAGCACCAACACCAUCCUCUGGAAUUUUUUCUCCUCUAACGUCUCCCAGCUGAUCAUCGCCUCCACCAAAGGCUCCAUGAGCGUGGGCAGCUCCCAGUUUAAGGGCCGCGUCGGGUUCACCGCUAACAUGCCGUCACGGGACGUGUCGCUGUACAUCAACAACACCCAGGAGACUGACUCAGGACGGUACCUCUGCCAGGUCAUCAUCCCUGAUAAUCCUGGUCUCACCGCUGAGCUCAGCCUGGACGUGAGGGUCCCUCCUGCUGUUCCCAAGUGCUCUCUGUCAGGGAAGCCGGUGCUGAAGGGGAAUGUGACUCUGAGCUGCAGAUCCAGCUCUGGGAAGCCCAUCCCUCUGUACAGGUGGAAGAAAACCAGUCCCACCUCGGAGGUCUUCUUCUCACCCAUGCUAAAUGAGAAGAUGGGCACUCUGAAACUGAGCAACCUGAGCAGCAACAUGUCAGGGAAGUAUGUGUGCACAGCCAGCAACUCAGCUGGCUCAGAGACCUGCGUCAUCAACCUGGACAUCGUCACCUCCACUAAUGUGGGGAUGAUAGUUGGAGCCACAUUGGGUUCACUGAUUGGCUUCGCAAUCCUCUUCAUCUUCUUUUUCCUGCUGAAGAGGCGGAGAGACAACGAGGAUGACAUGGCCAAUGAAAUCAAGGAGGACGCUCAGGCUCCCAAGCGUGUGUCCUGGGCUAAGAGCGGCAUGGGUUCAGAUAUCAUCUCCAAGAACGGCACCCUGUCCUCCAUCGCCUCCAGCCCACACCAUAAAGAGCCCUCCCACCACCACAACAACCACCACCACCUGCAGCAGUACCCCCAGCGUCCCCCUUCAUACACUGCCUCCAUCAUCACCGCCACAGGCAGCACAGAUGGCUACCGCCCGUCCCGCCACCACGGAGCCUCCACCCCCACCCACUACAGCUACAACAACGACACCACCCUGCCUCAAGGACAGACCGUCUCCUCUGAGGCCAACGGGGGCUCCCUCCCCAGACCGGAGCGCUACACCCAGCUGCCCCAGGCUCAGGUGCUGCCGCAGACCUACAGCCAGCCUCACCUGCAGCUCCAAGCUGCUCCCUCCCCGCCACCGCUGCCCACCUCCACCAUCACAGCCUCAAACAUCACCCGCAUGGGAGGGGUGCCCAUCAUGGUGCCUGCACAGAACCAGGCCGGAUCUUUGGUCUAACGCCAGCAAACAGUGCUGUCGACAGAAACAGUGGAACACUGCCUCUUUACGCUCUCAGAAAGGGUCAGCUGAUUUUUUUUUUAAGGGAACGCUUUAACUAAUAUUUAGCAAAGAAUUAAAGUAGAUAAAAAGGUAAAAUUCACUUAUUGACGCUCGCUGGUGCCAGCAAGCUUUAUUGGCAAGACUUUCAGACACAGACUGUUAACUUGCUUUACUAUAUUAAGUCUUUCAUAUUCUGUAAACACUGUAAACACUGCAAACUAUGUAUAGAUAUGAUUUUCAUACAUUUUUGUCCAGUAUCCAUUUUUCUACAUUACCAAUGCGCAUUUUUAAUAAUGUAUUUUAUUUGUUGUACUUUGUUCUUUUCAGUUGUAGCUUUUUAAUGUCCUAUUAUGUUUUGUUCUCUCCUGACACACGAAUUCCACAAAAUGAGCAGCAGCUUGAUCAUCAUGUGUGUGCAGGUCUCAUAUACAGAUAAGAAAAGGGUUAUGCAGGUCAGCUGUACUUUAUUUAACCCUUUAAAACCUGGUCACCCCUCACAAGCAAAUUGGUUUGAUUUCUUUCAGACACAU